AUGCUGUCGAUUUUGCGAAAAGCGCGUCUCAAGGACAAGGAGAUGCGAAUUCUGAUGCUUGGCCUUGACAAUGCAGGAAAGACGACUAUAGUGAAGAAGAUCAUGAACGAAGAUGUGAACAGCGUCAGUCCUACGCUUGGAUUCAUAAUCAAGACGAUUGAGUACGAUGGAUACAAACUAAACAUAUGGGAUGUUGGCGGCCAGAAGACACUGCGGACGUACUGGAAGAACUAUUUUGAGAAGACAGACACGCUCAUCUGGGUCGUUGAUGCAACUGACCGCGAGCGGAUAGACGAUUGUCGGCAGGAGUUGGCGGGGUUGCUGCUGGAAGAGCGCCUUUCCGGAGCAAGCCUGCUUGUUUUCAAAAACAAGAGCGACGUCGCCGGAUCCAUGACGGAAGACGAGAUUUGCGAGGUGGGUUGA